AAUAUUUUAUUCCUAAUUUGCUGUUUUUUUCUUCUUCUUCUCCUUCUUCAUCCUUCCUUUCUUUUGUUGUCCAAAUCUCUCAACACCUAUUUGACGCUCUCUCCUUGUUGAUCCAACAACAAAAACCCUAUUUUCUUCUCUCCCACCCCCACACUUAAAAACCACCGUGUGUUUUUUGUUUUCCGGUGAACCAUUUUUGAUAGCUUCUACGGUCUUUUUUUCCCCCCCCCCCUUUUCCAGUGGUUGACGAUUUGACUACAGCAAUCUGAACGAAAUAGGGAAGAGAACUGAUCAAAACAAGCAAGCUUCUCUAAUCUCUCACCACGAGUUCAGUUUUUGUCUCUGCUUCUGCUAUAUUCGUCUUGAUCGUCUCUGUUUGUGUUUCUUGUUCUCUGGAUUCAAUGACGGGUUUUGGCUGAACGAAGAAACCAAGCAAAGCCUAAGUUGCGAUCAUUUUCAUUUUCCUGUUCGUUCGAUCGAUCUGUCAAUUUUUUUUUUUUUAAACGAAAUGCCUCACCGGACUACUUACUUCUUCCCGAGGCAGUUCCCCGAUCGUGGAUUCGAUUCCUUUUCUCACGACAAGAAAUCUUCGUCUAACGUUGGUGAGAGUUUUGGAUUUGAAAGGGAUCAUACUAAUAAAUCAUCUAAUGGAGGAGUCAUCGGCGGCGACAAGGAGAAGGAGACGACUCUGUUCUCAUCUAAUCCUCUGCUUUCAAAUAGCUCCGCCGUUUCAGAUCUUUUCAGCAAUGAUCGCAAGUCGGAGAACAAGAAACAGCAGCAGCAACUAGCGGCUUUCUAUGAGUGGUUGGCCGAGAAGAAGGCCAAUUUAUCUCGGUCUUCUUCCGCCGCUACUACUGGACGCGUGAAACCUACGCGCCUCUCUAUGUCUACCGACGUCGAGGAGGAGAGAGAGCUUUUGUUGGCGGCUGCUCCGCUUCCUGCUGCUUCUUCUCCUGAUUCCGUCAUUGUGGCGUCGUCUUCUUCCGCUCGAGCGAUUACCAUGAAUGAGCGAAACAUUGACCGGAGCUUUGAUAGGGAGGUUUCGCUUCCUCGAAUGUCUAGUGACAGCAGUUUCGCUGGAAGUUUCUUCUCUGGGACGACGCUGGACGGUAAUUUCUCCAAUUUCUCCAGUCCGACAGACGCGAGGGAAACUGCCACCACCACGCGUGUCUCUGUGACCAAGGAGGAAGAAGAAGAAGUUGAAGUUAGGGAAGAGGGCAAAGACCAAAGCUUAGCGCAGAAGUCAAAAGAAGGCUAUUACUUGCAAGUCACGCUUGCUAUGAGGUUAACCUCUCAAGCUAACCUCGUCGCUGAGUUGGUUCAUACAGAGAGCACUGAAACUGUCUCCUACCGUUUUUGGGUAAGCGGUUGUUUAUCAUACAGUGACAAAAUAUCAGAUGGGUUUUACAGCAUACUAGGGAUGGAUCCGUAUCUUUGGUUGAUGUGUAACAAUUCGGAGGAAGGAAAACGACUUCCAUCUCUUUUGUUACUAAAGGAGACUGAGCCGACUGAUACAUCAAUGGAAGUGGUAUUGAUUGACAGACGUGAGGACUCGCGUCUUAAAGAACUGGAGGACAAGGCACGUGAGCUCUAUUGUUCUUCUGACAACAUGUUACUGCUCGUGGAGAAACUUGGUAGACUUGUUGCCAUUUAUAUGGGGGGAAGUUUCCAGAUGGAGGAAGGUGAUCUACAGAAACGAUGGAAACUAGUUAGCAAUAGACUCAAGGAGUAUCGGAAGUGUAUCAUUCUUCCUAUAGGUAGUCUAACGAUGGGCCUUUGCCGGCAUCGUGCCAUUUUAUUUAAGAAAUUGGCUGAUUACAUUGGUUUACCAUGCCGGAUAGCUCGAGGUUGCAGGUACUGUAAAGAGGGCCACCAAUCGUCUUGCCUUGUCAAGAUUGCCGAUGACAGGAAGCUUCCAAGGGAAUAUGUAGUUGACCUUAUCGGGGAACCAGGAAAUGUCCAUGAUCCGGAUUCCUCUAUCAACGGUGGAACACAGUGUCAGGUUCCAUCACCUCUUCGAAUGAGUCAUCUUACAGAAUAUUCCAGGCCUUGCGUGCAUAAUAAAUCUCCUUGUAAGACUGUAGAGUCAAAGGCUUCACGCGAUCUUUCUGAAAAUAUUCAAUGUUCAGGGAGUCAAGGCCAUGUACACAAAGAAAUUGAGUUGCCUGAUAUUGCAGCGACAAUAUGUUGUGCUCAUGUUGAUCAAACUUGCUUCACAAAAACAUCAUCAGUGGUUUUGUCAGAAUCAGUUCUUCGAGCUCUACCACUUGAUAUACCAAACCUUAUUGAAGAAAAGAUUUCCCAACAAGAAAUCUUCAAAGAAGAAACCAUUUUAUCAGAAGAUCCAAUUGAAAAAACUCCUGUCAAGCAGCCAAAGGGGGACUUAUCAGUUGAAUCAGAGAUAACAGAAGCUGACACUCGAAAAGAUAAAAAAGGCAGGUUACCUGUUGACGCCAUCUCACCGUACUUGACCAUUGAGCCUUCUUUGGCAUCAGAUUGGCUGGAGGUCUCAUGGAAUGAACUGCAUAUCAAAGAGCGUGUGGGUGCUGGAUCAUUUGGAACUGUCCAUCGUGCUGAGUGGCAUGGAUCAGAUGUGGCUGUCAAGAUUUUGUCCAUACAAGAUUUCCAUGAUGACCAAUUCAGAGAAUUUCUGAGAGAGGUUGCAAUAAUGAAACGUGUUCGUCACCCAAAUGUUGUUCUCUUCAUGGGUGCUGUGACAGAGCGACCUCGCUUGUCAAUAAUAACAGAAUACUUACCAAGGGGCAGUCUUUUUCGCCUCAUCCAUAGGCCAGCUUCUGGGGAGUUACUAGAUCAGAGGAGGAGGCUACGUAUGGCAUUGGAUGUGGCCAAGGGACUCAACUACCUACACUGUCUUAAUCCUCCAGUAGUGCAUUGGGACCUGAAAUCUCCAAAUUUAUUGGUUGAUAAGAACUGGACAGUAAAGGUUUGCGAUUUCGGGCUUUCAAGAUUCAAGGCAAACACUUUCAUACCAUCAAAAUCUGUUGCAGGAACACCUGAGUGGAUGGCUCCAGAGUUUCUUAGAGGAGAGCCGACAAACGAGAAAUCAGAUGUUUACAGUUUCGGAGUAGUCCUAUGGGAGUUGAUUACUUUGCAACAGCCUUGGAAUGGACUCAGUCCUGCUCAGGUGGUUGGAGCAGUUGCGUUCCAGAACAGGCGGCUUAUAAUUCCUCCCAAUACCUCUCCAGUUUUGGUUUCUCUGAUGGAAGCUUGCUGGUCAGAUGAGCCGGCUCAGCGACCAGCAUUUGGUGGCAUAGUAGAUACACUAAAGAAGCUACUAAAAUCUCCGGUGCAGCUGAUACAAAUGGGCGGAGACAAAGGGGUAAUUCCAGCUAAAACAGCUCCCAUUCUAUAGUUUAAAUACUUCACUCUUACAAUACUAACAUAAACACUGUAGGUGCUUUGCGUUGAUUAGCUCCUGAAUUUGAUUUUAAAUUAGAAAAAUCAAUGAGACGAAGCCUUGCCUGGAAGAAUGGAAGGCUAUUUUUUCUUUUGGUUUUUGUUUGUAUAGUAUAGUUUUUUUAUAUGGUCUUACUUGUGAGACAAAGAAUAAAAUAAAAUUAUGAGAUUUGGUUUCUUGCAGUUGGAGACCGUUGCAUUUGUUGUAAAUUUGUAAUCCAUGCAAUAUGUCAUCAAAAGUUGUUUCAUUAAAAGUUGAUUGGUCAAAACUCAAAAACAAAAGGAAUAGAGAAAAGGUUCUUUACA